AUGUCGUCGCAACAAGAUGUCAACGCUCUGCUGCAUAACAUGUGGCAGCAGAUCUUGGCAUUGACCAAUCAACUCGCCGAGCUGCAGGCAAAUCCCCCUGCGGCAACCCCCUCGGUUGAGAAGAAAUUCAACAAGAAAGUCGAAGUUGUUGCUGACCCUGGUGCCUUCGAGGGAGACAGAGCGCGAUUCGCCAAGUGGUGGAUCAAACUCCAGAUUUGGGUGGCCACUGCGGUGCUAUCUCGACUAAAAGGACCUGUGGCAGGUCGAUGCGCCCAAGUUAGACUACAGGAGUGCUACACCGCGGGAGUGUGGCCGACCUGGGGCGAUCUCAAGAAAGAGAUCGAAAAAUAUUUCAAACCACAAGCUGAGCGUGACUGGGCGCAUCAGCAAAUCCGUUCCUUCAAACAAGGAAAUAUGAGGACGGAUGACUAUGUUACCCGGUUUCUGGCCCUCUCCAUCCAAGGAGGGCUUGGCAAUGAACAUGCAGUAGAACUGCUGGAGCGCAAUGUGAACCCUUGCAUUGCAGAACAGAUCUACUUGCAGGAUACAAGAAAUGAAAACCUGGCCCUGGCGGCUGAGGAAAGGCGCCCUGGGUCAUCAAACCAUCAAAACCAUUCUCACGGGUUCAAGCCGUUCGGGCUACAACCAGGGCAGGGAGCCCCUAUGGAUAUUGGCACGGUCCAAGGAGGACAGAUGCGCAGAUUCCAGGGGAACUGCUAUAAUUGCAGCCAAGAGGGACACAUGUCCCAAGACUGCAGAAAAGGAGCGCAGGCCGCUCAACAAAAAAAUAACCAAGGGUGCCAGGCGCGCCAAUUAAAGUCUGAGAAACCGGACGAUCGGCUCCAAACUCUGGCCGGUCGUUCGUACGACGAAAUCCGGGCCUUCUUUUAUGAUCAGCAAGCUGCUGAAAUGAAGGCUCAGGGAAAAGAGUUCGGAGCUUAG